AUGUGCUCAAAAUACGAAGAAAAUAUUACUUUGCCUGACGGUAAAACUGUUAAAGUUUAUACUGGUCUCUUUAUCAAUAAUGAGUUUGUUGAUUCUGUUGAUCACAAACGUUUUGAUACCAUCAAUCCUGCAACGGGCGAAGUUAUUACUUCCGUAGUAGAAGCUUCUGAAAAAGAUGUUGACAUUGCUGUUGAAGCUGCUGAAAAAGCUUUUAAUGAUGAGUGGAUUUAUGUUAAUGGCAAGGAGCGCGGAAAAUUGUUGAAUAAGCUCGCUGAUUUAAUUGAACGCGAUCUCGAAGAAUUGGCUGCGCUUGAAGCCCUUGAUAAUGGUAAAGCUUUUUCGGAAGCGAAAUGUGGAGAUCUUCCUGCUUUAAUUGAGGUUUACAGAUAUUAUGCUGGAUGGUGUGACAAGAUUCAUGGCAAGGUUAUUGAAACACAAGUCGAUAAAUUUUGUUACACUCGUCAUGAACCAAUUGGUGUUUGUGGUAAUACUAUUGUGCUGAAGUCUUCUGAAUUAACUCCUCUGACUGCCUUGAAAGUUGGCGCUUUGUUUAAAGAAGCUGGCUUUCCAAAAGGCGUUGUGAAUAUUCUGUCCGGAUAUGGUCCUACCGCUGGUGCUGCAAUCGCCAGUCAUAUGAAAAUUGAAAAAGUCGCUUUCACAGGAUCGACUGUAGUCGGAAGAUCUAUCUUAAAAGCUUCUGCAGAUAGCAAUUUGAAAAAAGUAUCCUUAGAAUUAGGUGGAAAAUCACCAAACAUUGUAUUUGCUGAUGCUGACCUUGAAGAGGCUGUUAAAUGGGCACAUGAGGGAAUUUUCUUCAAUCAUGGACAAUGCUGUUGUGCUGGUUCUCGAGUUUAUGUUGAAGAUUCUGCUUAUGAUAAAUUUAUUGAAAAAUUUAAAUCACAUGCGCAAAGCAUCAAAGUUGGUGAUCCUUUUCAUAAAGAUACUUAUCAAGAUUAUAUUGAAUCUGGCAAGAAAGAAGGGGCUACUUUGUUAUGUGGCGGUGAAAGACAUGGUGACAAAGGAUAUUUCAUUCAACCUACUAUUUUCACUAACGUG